GUUUAUCCUUAAUUUUUUAAUAUUUGGAUAAUGUCCUUUGACUUGGUCUAUGAAAGGAUACAGAAUCCACCUUAUCCACCUUUUUAUUCUUCCAAUGGUUUCUCUUUUAGUUCACCUUUCUUUAUAGCACCUAGUUUUUUACUUGGGUUUGUAAUUAUAUGUUUUGUCAUUCGAUAUUUACAAGUACGUCAUGACCCUCUACUUAAUCAAUCUAUACAACAAACUUUUCGUUUAUCACCUCUUGGCAAACUGAUCGCUCUACUUUCUAUCAUUGUCACUUUUAGUUAUGUGAUCGAUGCUAUUAUUAUGGUUCUUCGUGCUUUAGUGGAAGGUACUUGGACUUCAGCAACACUUUCCUAUUAUAUUGUCACUAGUUAUUUGGCUUGGACUAUUAGUUUAAUUAGACUCACUCAAGAAACUCAACUCUUUGGUCAAUGGUAUUGGAUACAAUAUGCGUUUUGGAUUUUAGCUUUCUUUUCAGAUACUAGUGUUGGUUGGUUAUGGGCAAUGGGAAUCAAAUACUCUAAAUCUCAUCAAGAUACUACCUUUGGUAUUUACGACAAAAUAUGGUUCAGUAUUUUUAUGGGUCGAUAUAUUAUUCAACUCUUUCUUGUUGUUUUGUCCUUGAUACAUAUGUUUUCGCAAGAAAGACAAUCGGAAGAAAAUGAACCUCUUUUGGAUAAUACAAGAGUACAAACUGACUAUGGAACUACUCCUGCACCCAUUCCAGAAGGUGGUGAACCAGGUCUCAAGGGUUUCUUUAUUAAAGUACGAAAAAUCAUUCCUUAUACUUGGCCUAGUGGUAACCUCCGUUUACAACUACUUAUCUUCCUCUGUUUUGGUUUAAUGAUCUUGGGUUUGGCUAUCAAUAUGCUCACACCACUUCAAAUAGGUUAUGUGGUGGACCAAAUUAGUGAUGGAAAAGGCAAAUUUGCAUGGGCUGCUGUAUCUUUAUAUGUUGGGUUCAAAUUCCUUCAAGGUGGCUCCGGAUUGAUUCAAGCAAUGCAAAACUUCUUUUGGAUACCCGUGGGUCAAUAUACAACGCGUGAAAUCUCCAUCAAAAUGUUCACUCAUCUCCAUUCAUUAUCAUUGGCUUUUCAUAUCAAUCGGAAGACUGGUGAGGUACUUCGUGUGAUGGAUCGUGGUACCAAUAGUAUCGUUCAACUCUUACAACAAAUUGUAUUCCAAGUAUUCCCUGCCAUUGCCAAUAUCAUCGUUGCUGUAUUCUUCUUCGCCUUCAAAUUCUCCUUACCUUUUGGUUUGAUCGUUUUUGUCACCAUGUCACUUUAUCUUUAUGUCACCAUUGCUAUGACCCAAUGGCGAACGGCUUUUCGACGUGAAAUGAAUCAACUUGAUAAUCUUGCUAGGACAAAGGCUGUGGAUUCGUUACUCAACUUUGAAACUGUGAAAUACUAUGGUGCUGAAUCCUUUGAAGUUGAUCGAUACAAGACUGCCAUCAUUGAUUAUCAAAAGGCCGAUUGGAAAUCUUCUAUUUCUUUGAAUGUACUUAAUCUCACCCAAAAUGCUGUGAUUACUUUGGGUCUUUUAGUUGGAAGUUUACUAUUUGCUUGGGAAGUAUCUCAAGGUACUUUGACUGCGGGUGAUUUUGUUGUCUUCAAUAUAUAUAUGAUGCAGCUCUAUUCACCGUUACAUUUCUUUGGUACAUAUUAUCGAAUGAUUAUUCAGAACGUUACAGACAUGGAAAAAAUGUUGGAAUUAUUUGAAGUGGAUCAAUCAGUGAAGGAUAUCCCUGGAGCAAAGGAAUUGAAUGUUAAGGCAGGCAAUGUUGUUUUCGACAAUGUGGUAUUCAAUUACGAUCCUCGUCAAACAGCCUUGAAAGGUAUUUCUUUCUCAGUCCCUGCAGGUUCUACUGUCGCUCUCGUUGGUCCUUCUGGUAGUGGCAAAAGUACGAUUCUUCGACUCUUAUUCCGAUUCUAUGAUCCUACUUCUGGCAACAUUUACAUUGAUGGACAAAACAUUCGUGAUAUUCAACAAAAUUCUCUUCGAAAAAAUAUUGGUGUAGUUCCUCAAGAUACGGUAUUAUUUAAUGAUACUAUUGAAUACAAUAUCCGAUAUGGUGAUGUUGAUGCUUCUCAAGAUACAAUUGUGAAUGCUGCCAAAGCUGCACAAAUCCAUGAUAGUAUUUUGAACUUUCCAGAUGGAUAUGAAACCAAAGUGGGUGAACGAGGAUUACGAUUAUCAGGCGGAGAAAAACAAAGAUUGGCCAUUGCAAGAACUAUUGUCAAAGAUCCUCCUAUUAUCUUACUAGAUGAAGCUACAAGUGCAUUAGACACGACUACGGAACGAUAUAUUCAAGAAGCAUUGAAUGCUAUGACAAAAGGACGAACUACCCUUGUGAUUGCACAUCGUUUGUCCACAAUUUUGAAUGCGGAUCUAAUUCUUGUCAUCAAGGAUGGUCAGGUGGUUGAAUCUGGAACGCAUGAAGAACUGAUACGACAGGCAAUGGAAAACAAUGGAGAAGGGGUAUAUUAUGACAUGUGGGAAAAACAACUACAUGAUGAUGGACCUUCCAUGGAAAACUCAAUUCUAUUAGACGGGGAUGACACCAAGAAAAGUAGUCCAUAAUUUGUGUAUAUGUUUUUUUUUAGUCUAGUGUGGUGUAUUUUUAUCAAUAAAACCUGGUUUUUUUGCAUUGAUCA